GGCAGCCAAUGGGAAGCGGGCAGGGAGCGGCCGCUCGCUUUUUUGAAUUGGUGUGUGCGUCGCGGCCGGUCCCGGAAUGGCGGCUUCCCUCUAAGCGGAGAGAGGGCCUUGAGUCGCCCUGGAGGCCGUAGAAGUGAAAAACCCUUUUGACCAUGGCUGACAACAGUACACUCAUGUCUGAUACAGGGAGGAGUCUCUUGGCAGAUUCUUCCAUUCUUGACUCCAAAAUUACAGAGUCUUCAAAGGAGAACCUAUUCAGAGGAUCAGCUUCAGAUGGUGAAGAAGAAAUGCCGCAGAUUGAAACUAGGGUGGUCCUACCUCAAGAAGCUGCAAAAUGUGAAGAACUUCUGAAAGCUUUGGAGACUAUUAAGAUAAUGGAAGUUCUUAUAAAGAUAAAGGAAGCUAGUUCUGGUAAAUCGGAAGAAAAACUUAUUAAAAGUAUUAUCAAUAUGGAAAUUAAAGUGCCCUACAUAAAGACAGAUUCAGUGGAGGAAUAUAAGAAUUCCGAUUCGCCAGAAUUUGAGACCAUUUUUGUGAUAGCAGACUUUCAAGAUCCCAUUUUCAACGAUUUGCACAAAGCUGACUGCAGAGUCCUUGGGCCCCCAAUAGUACUGCACUGUGCCAGAAAAGGCGAGCCUCUGCCAUUCUCAUGCCGCCCAUUGUACUGUGCCAGCAUGCUGAAUCUUGUGUUAUGCUUCACAGGAUUCAGAAAGAAAGAAGAAUUGGUGAAGCUGGUGACUUUGGCUCAUCAUAUGGGAGGGAUUAUUCGACGGGAUUUCAGUUCAAAAGUUACACAUUUGGUGGCUAAUUCUACGCAAGGAGACAAAUUCAGAGCAGCUGUGAGUCUCGGCACACCCAUCAUGAAAGCAGAGUGGAUUUAUAAGGCCUGGGAGCAAAGGAAUGACAUUGACUUCUGUGCUGCUGCUGAGGAAUUCAGGAAAGAAUUUAAAGUCCCCCCAUUUCAGGACUGCAUGUUAAGUUUUCUUGGAUUCUCUGACGAGGAAAAGAAGAACAUGGAAGAAAUGACAGAAAUGCAAGGUGGACAACACCUGCCUGUUGGUGACGAAAGGUGUACUCAUCUCAUAGUUGAAGAAAAUACAGUAAAAGACCUUCCAUUCGAGCCAUCACAGAACCUCUACGUUGUAAAGCAGGAGUGGUUUUGGGGAAGCAUUCAGAUGGAUGCCAAAGCUGGAGAAUCCAUGUACCUUUUUGAAAAGUUAGACAGUCCUGAACUGAAAACGUCUGUCUCACAACUUUCACUGAAUACUCCAAAUAGCAACCGGAAGAAACGACGCUUAAGAGAGACCCUUGCUCAGCUGACCAGAGAGGCAGACAUGUCUCCCUUCCCACCUCGGAAGCGGCCAUCAGCUGAGCAUUCCCUAUCGAUGGGAUCCUUACUUGAUAUUUCCAAUACUCCUGAAUCGGGCAUAACUAAUGGAGAAACUCCAAAAUCAUGUGCAAAGCCGUCCAAAAACUCUACUCCUUUUCUGCCAAAGCAGUCUGCGAGAUGGCAGGUUGUGAAGGAGCUCUAUCAGACGGAGAGCAACUAUGUUGAUAUCCUGACAACCAUAAUCCAGGUCUUUCAAGUCCCCUUAGAAAAGGAAGGACAACUUGGAGGCCCCAUCCUUGCACCAGAGGAGAUUAAAACCAUAUUUGGCAGUAUCCCUGACAUCCUUGACGUACACACCAAGAUAAAGGAGGACCUUGAAGACCUUAUGAUAAACUGGACUGAAAGCAAAAGCAUUGGUGAUGUCAUACUCAAAUAUUCAAAAGACUUACUGAAAACAUACCCUCCUUUUGUGAACUUCUUUGAAAUGAGCAAGGAAACGAUUACUAAGUGCGAAAAACAGAAGCCAAGGUUUCAUGCUUUCCUGAAGAUAAAUCAAGCUAAACCAGAGUGUGGACGACAGAGUUUGGCAGAACUCCUCAUCCGACCUGUUCAGAGGCUGCCUAGCGUUGCCCUUCUUCUAAAUGACAUUAAAAAACAUACGGCAGAAGACAAUCCUGACAAGGCAACACUAGAGAGAGCCAUUGAGUCGCUAAAGGAAGUGAUGACGCAUAUUAAUGAAGAUAAAAGGAAAACGGAAGCCCAAAGGCAGAUUUUUGAUGUUGUCUAUGAAGUAGAUGGCUGCCCGGCCAAUCUCUUGUCAUCUCACCGAAGUCUAAUUCAGCGGCUGGAAACAGUUGCGCUUGGUGAUGACCUCUGUGACAGAGGGGAGCAGGUCACCCUGUUCCUUUUUAACGACUGCCUGGAGAUUGCAAGGAAGCGGCACAAAGUCAUUGGUGGCUUCAAGAGUCCUCAUGGCCAUACCAGGCCACCAGCCUGUCUCAAGCACAUAAUUCUUAUGCCCCUUUCUCAGAUCAAGAAAGUACUAGACAUCCGAGAGACAGAAGAGUGCCACAAAGCAUUUUCGUUAGUUGUGCGACCCCCGACCGAGCAGAGCAACUUGUUGUUCAGCUUCCAAAUAACGACUGAGGAACCUCUCAAGGAGAACUGGCUGAAGAUGCUGUGCCGGCACGUAGCCAACACGAUAUGCAAAGCAGAUGCUGAAGAUCUCAUUUACGCUACUGAUCCGGAUUCCAUUGAAGUAAGCACGAAGGAUGUGGACAGCACACUGAGCAGGGCAUCCCGGGCCAUUAAAAAACAUCCAAAAAGGUACGAGGUCACACGGGCAUUCUCAUUCUCCAAGACACCAAAGAGAGCGCUCCGGAGAGCAUUGAUGGCGCACAGCAGCGUCGAAGGAAGGAGUUUCUGCCCAGCUAGUGAGAAUUACUUAGGAGGACGCCUUGCCAGUACUUCAUCGCUAGCUGGCAUCCACUCUCCGUCCUUGAUCAACCUGCCAUCAGUGUUCGAAAAGAGGAGUCAUACUUUAAGUCGGUCAACUACUCACUUAAUAUGACAUGGACAGGAAAUGGGAGUUGCAACUUACAAUUUGGACUGACGAAAAGUGGUCUAGCUUUUUGAAGUGGCCGUUUACUGACACGAACAGUGGUACUUAGUUAGCACUUAGUGGGAAUUAGUAAGUGUUUUAGAUAACACUAAAUUAAAUCACCAAGAGUUGUCCGAUGUGCCUACUAAACAACUGAAGAACUCAACCUUGGCUUGGAGAGAACAUAUUCCUUUGCACAAAUCAUCCUAUUGGCAUAAUGGAAAUAUUCUGCUUAGUGUAACAUUGCGUGGUGACUUUAUGAAUAAACCGAUGUUGGACCUCCCUGCGGAAAUUUAGAAGUUGCUCACUGAUGCCCGCAUUGGCUGAGGAUGGCGGAUUUUGCUUUUAAAAUAGUGUUUGUACGUUUAUAGGCUGACUGUUCGAAUUAACCAUUGCAUAGACCAAUAUCCAAAGUAAAACACUUGCUUCCUGUUUAAAGUAUAAAUCUUUUUUUUUUAAAGCCUAAAUUAUACUUCAAGCAUGAUGAAAGUGCAUUGGUGGCAGUGGUUUAGUGGAAAUAUGCAAAUGGUUGGUCCAUAUGUCUGUUGGUCUGACGCUCUUUAGCUGCUAGGUUUUACUGUUGCCCAACAAAAUGCAAAAUCACCUGAAGUGGAAGCCCCUAGAAAAAUCACUGUACUAAAUUGUAUUUAUAAUUUUUGAAUGGGGACCAUUUUUUUCUAAUAUAAAAAAGCUAUAACUAAAACUUAAGUGAAACACUUCAAUUCCUUAAUACACUUAGUUUUUGUGCACAGAUUUCAGUAUGGAGAUGAAAAUGUAGAUCUGAUUUCAAUAUCUACGGCUGCUAUUUUUUAUUAUUCAAAUGCUUUCAUAUAAAAAUGUUCACCUUG